CAAAAAUCCCUUCUCUCUUUCUCAUUAAUCACUCAAACAAACUCUCUCAAAACUAAUGGCUCUCAACAUGAGAAAAGAUUUACUCACAUUUGCCCUGUUGGGAAUAUUUGCCUUGGCCAUUAUUCCCCAAAAUGUCAUGUCUCAAAAUGUAGCUAGUAUUGUUACACCUGGAUUUUUUGAUGGGAUAAAGAAUCAAGCUGCUGCAAGCUGUGCUGGAAAGAGCUUCUACAAAAGAGAUGGAUUUCUUAAGGCUGCCAGUUCGUUUCCUAAAUUUGGAUCAGGCUCUGCUGUUGAAUCCAAGCGUGAGAUUGCUGCAUUUUUUGCUCAUGUUACUCAUGAAACUGGACACUUAUGCUACACUGAAGAAAUUGACAAGUCAAAUGCCUACUGUGACCAAUCAAACAAACAGUAUCCAUGUGUCGCCGGAAAGAAAUACUACGGCCGUGGACCAAUGCAGCUCACCUGGAACUACAACUACGGAGCUUGCGGAAAAGCUCUCGGAUUCGAUGGACUCAAAGCUCCGGAAACAGUGUCCAAUGACCCUGCUGUCUCCUUCAAGACUGCCUUGUGGUUCUGGAUGAACAACGUCCACUCAGUUAUGAACCAGGGCUUUGGAGCUACAAUUCGGAAAAUUAAUGGUCUUGAAUGCGGUGGCAAGCAUCCUGAUAAGGUUAACGCUCGUAUCGGAUAUUACAGAGAUUAUUGCAAGAAGUUCGGUGUUGAUCCUGGCCAGAAUCUUUCAUGCUAGAUGCUUAAUUUCAGAACUUUUAUGGUUAAUUAUUAUAAGUUUGGUGAUGAAACAAGUACUUGUUUCAUAAAGAGUUGUUUUAUAAAACAACUUAUUUGAGUACGUAUCUGUUGGAGUUUUAUGUAACUCGAACGAAAUAAAUGAAAUAAACAGAUAUUAUAAAGUUUGAUUCUUCUAAA